UCAAAAAUCUACCUAACGACUACGCUGAGAAACGUACUCGCUUAUUGCGUUUGGCAUCCGUAUUCUCAUCAUUACCUGAAGACAUAAAAAAUAAGACAGUACAUGAAGAAAGUUCGUAUAGUUUUGGGUGGAGUUGCGGCAAAGAAGUUAUGAAUGGAAAACCUGAUUAUUUGAAAGGAUCAUAUUACGCAAAUCCAAAAUAUGAUAUCCCUAAUGCAACUCCAGAACAAAAACUAGAAUUUCCAAUUUAUUGUCAUCCGAAUAUUUGGCCUAAAGACGACUUACCACAAUUUGAGAUAAUAAAUGAACAAAAAAAUUC